AUGCCACCAGUGUUUCCCAUGUUAACAGCUCUGAGCAUGUUCUACUACAUGUGCCUUCGGCGGCGGGCCAGGACGGCGAGCAGGGGGGAGAUGAACAGCCGGAGGGCCAUAGAGUCCAGCACCAGGGCCUUGCCCCUCAACGUGGAGAUGGUCCAGUAUGCCAAAGAGGUGCUGGAUUUCAGCUCUCACUAUGGCAGUGAGAACAGCAUGUCCUACACCAUGUGGAACUUAGCAGGCAUUCCAAACGUCUACCCCAGCUCCGGGGACUUCACCCAGACCGCCGUGUUCCGGACGUACGGCACCUGGUGGGAUCGCUGCCCCAGCGCCCGCCUGCCCUUCCAGAGGACUCCUCCCUCCUUCUGCAGCCAGGACUAUGUGGAACUGGCUUUUGAGGAGCCAGUGUAUCCCACUGCAGUGCAUGUUCUGGAAACCUACCACCCUGGGGCUAUAGUCAGGAUCUUGGCAUGCUCUGCAAACCCCUACUCACAGAAUCCGCCAGCUGAAGUCAGAUGGGAAAUCCUUUGGUCAGAGGCACCCACCAAGGUGAGCAGCCCUCAGGCUCGGCAGUUCACGCCUUGCAUCAGGCAGAUCUGCUUCCCCACCAACCUGAUCAGGCUGGAGGUGAACAGCUCUCUGCUGGACUACUACACGGAGCUGGACGCGGUCAUCCUGCACGGGGUGAAGGAGAGGCCUGUGCUGUCUCUGAAGGCCUCCAUGGUUGAUAUGAAUGACAUUGAUGAAGAGGAGGAUGAGGAGAAGUAUGGCUGUGGCGUGGACACCCUCAGCAAGCAGUUCAGCAUCGUUACCCUCAGGGAAUGGCCAACUAAUGGAUAUUUUGAUAAGCUGCCUUAUGAGCUGAUCCAGUUGAUCUUGAGUCACCUCACAGUGCCAGACCUGUGUAGACUGGCACAGACUUGUAAGCUACUGUAUCAACAUUGCUGUGACCCUCUCCAAUACAUUCAUCUCAGUUUACAACCCUACUGGGCAAGGAUUAAUGACACAUCUCUGGAAUACCUACAGUCUCGCUGCACUCUCCUCCAGUGGCUGAAUCUGUCCUGGACUGGGAACAGGGGAGCCAUCUCUGUUUCUGGAUUUAGCAGGUUCAUGAAGGUCUGUGGCUAUGAGCUCGUACGUCUGGAGCUGUCUUGUGGCCAUUUCCUCAAUGAAACUUGCCUGGAGGUCAUCACUGAGAUGUGUCCAAACCUCCAGGAGCUGAACCUCUCCUCCUGUGACAAGAUUCCCCCGCAGGCCUUCGGCCACAUCGCCAAAGUGGGCAGCCUGCGGCGCCUGGUGCUGUACCGCACCAAGGUGGAGCAAACAGCCCUGCUCAGUAUUCUCAACUUCUGCUCAGAGCUGCAGCACCUCAGCCUGGGCAGCUGUGUCAUGAUUGAAGACUAUGAUCUUGUAGCAAGCAUGAUGGGAGCAAAAUGCAAAAAGCUUCGCAGCCUGGAUCUGUGGAGAUGCAAAAACAUCACUGAGAGUGGCAUAGCAGAGCUGGCUUCAGGCUGCCAGCUGCUGGAGGAGCUGGACCUUGGCUGGUGCCCCACGCUGCAGAGCAGCACAGGCUGUUUCACCAACCUGGCACGCAAGCUGCCCAACCUGCAGAAGCUCUUCCUGACGGCCAACAGGUCUGUGUGUGACACAGACAUCGAGGAGCUGGCUGCCAACUGCACCCACCUGCGCCAGCUGGACAUCCUGGGGACUAGGAUGGUGAGCCCUGCAUCCCUGAGGAAGCUGCUGGAGUCCUGCAAAGACCUCUCUCUGCUGGAUGUGUCCUUCUGCUCUCAGAUUGAUAACAGAGUCGUGCUGGAGCUCAAUGCCAACUUCCCCAACGUCUUCAUCAAGAAGAGCUUCACCCAGUGA